GUUCAGGAGCUUUAGAAUUACUUUGAAGGGUUACACUGCAUGACCUUUGUAAGCUGUUGUUGUUGUUGCUUGAUUUUAUCCAUGGCGUAGAGGUAGAACCAUUGGUUUUGACUCUAGGGUGACAAGAUAACCGGUUGCUUGCAAUUUAUGCUUUUUUUGGUAUUCUAGGCUGUUGUUCGACCUCAUAGGACCUUCCGUUUCAACGAGUGCGUCUGUACUCCUUACAAUGCAGACUUUGAUGGCGAUGAAAUGAAUCUUCAUCUUCCACAAACAGAAGAGGCCAAGGCUGAAGCACUCACUCUAAUGGGUGUAAGUACAGUCACCUGUCAAAACACUUGGGAAACGCGGUGUGAUUGGCUAAAAGAUCUCGCGCCACUCUCUCAACCAAUUAGAGGUUAAACCAAAACCAUAUGACUUGUUCAAUCGAUUUCCCCGCGCUUUGCCACUGCUUUAUGCAUUUCCUUCGAGAUGUGAUUGGUUCAUUUGAAUAUGUGCUCGUAUUGUGAUUGGUCGGAGGGGUAAAUACUUUUACGUCAAAAGACUCGAUGGUCAGAGCGCCUGACCAGCAAAUAACCUAACUCGCUAUUAGUUAUCGAGUACUUCCUUUGGUUACAGCCUCAAGCCGACCGCAAUUUUGCUCGUUUCACAGUGUGCUUUUUGGUCGCCACAUUUAAAAAGCGUCCGUCCUCAUUUCCUUUCUUUGCAGGUAAAAUCUAAUUUAGUGACACCACGCAAUGGUGAACCUCUCAUUGCGGCUAUACAAGAUUUCAUCACAGGUACUCUAUUCUUUCCACUUACAUGAUGAUAAGCCCUUUUUUAUUCGGUCCCACAUCAUUUCUCCCCGCGCUUAUCAACACUAGACACUUGUGGCAUAUUUUGUAACUUUGCAGGGGCGUAUCUUCUGACCCAGAAAGACGUUUUUCUUGACCGGAGUCACAUUACUCAGUUGCUGGCCUACAUUCUGGCUGGAAAAGAUGUUAAUAUAAGAAUCGAUCUCCCACCCCCAGUUAUUCUCAAGGUGAGUUGUAGUCUCUUGCAACUGCAGUAGCUGCUGUAAGAAAUGGAGCGGAGGAAGGGGGGGUGUACGCAUUUAUUUAGAAAAGCAGAGACGGGCCAAGGGAUUUCCAGUAAAAGGGUCCAAACUUCUGUAUACCAUGAACCCUAGCACACGUGAAAAAUUUCUGCGCCGACUUGCAGUUACUUAUUUCUUUUGCGCCAGCCACGCAGCUGCUUGGCAUUUUACAUCAUUUUUCCAUUGAACUUUUACUAUGUAGCCUUUAUCGACGAUCCUGCAGUGGUAAACAGUAGUAAAAAUGUCGUAUUUGUAUAGAGGAAGCCAUUCCCUGUCGAUAGUUCAUCAUUGUCUGAUUUGUCGUUGUGUUCUUCGCGUAUGAUUUUGUCGCGGUUGUUUGCUACAAUUUCAUUUGCGAUAUGUCUCAAAGCCAUUUCGCUUGUUAGAAUUUUUCCUAAGAGGGCCUCAUAACGUUAGUUCAUUUUCUUUCUGUCUGUUUUUUUUGUAGCCAGUAAAACUCUGGACUGGAAAGCAAGUCUUCAAUGUUGUGCUGAGACCAAACAAAGAUAUGCCAAUCAAGAUGAACUUACGGACAAAAGGCAAACAAUAUUCAAAUGGAGAAGAUCUUUGCAUUAACGACUCAUGUAAGUAAACUUCUAUCGGCUGCGUUUUUAUAACUAGUCAGACACCCGUAUUAUAAACAGUUAAAAUUUCUUAAGUUCAAAGCAAGUUCCACCCUGAUUCUUUUUUUGUCAACUGAGAUCCUGUUUAUAUGGAGGAAACUUGUUCCGGGUGAAAGGGUCGUCCGCUUACCCGAGUUACUUCCUACAUUUCCUUACCAAACGUAACGAACCGUUCACACGAAAAACAAAACGUUGGCCCGGCUAGAUGAAGGGCAACCCUCCUAGCCGGGCCAGCUUUUCUCCAUAUACAGCUAUUUCGAGAAAGGUCGUCGGAAAAAGUGCACGCGACAAUCAGAAAUUUGAAAGAUUGGCACGAGCGGCAAUGGACGUAUGUUUGCGAGUGCUUAAGGAAAGCAACAAAAGUAGGUUUGACAGCUACAGUGUCAGGAACAGUGUAUUGAUCAUAUCCCAUAUUACCUUUCUGGAUUGUCGCGUGCUCAAUUUUUUUUCUGGCAACCCUUCUCGAAAUAGCUGUAAACACUUUGGCUCAACCAGCCUCAGCUCGUUCAAGGCGAGACAAUCCGAGCAUGCACGAGCGCUGUUGUUGUGUCGGGCCAAAGGGCUACCUUUUUUCUCAUAUAAAAGCUCAGUCAAGUUGACUGGGAGGGUGAUCCUCUUUCCCGGGACAUUUUUUCUCCGUAUAAAUGGGCCCUUAGUUGAUUAAAUACAAUUUACCAUCGUAAAAAGAUUAAAAAGCUGAUGUUUCAAACCCUAGCCCUCAUCAAGUGUCGAAGAUCAGUUCGUAAUGUUCAUGUGUCGUUGUCAGUAAUUCAUGCUGACAAAUUUCACAACACUUCCAUAGACUAUCCAAUCAGAAAUUGAGCCAAAACCAUCUUUACUCUGUCCCAUUCAUUUUUCCGCGCUCAUUUUGCGCCGGCUACGAGAGUUUCGUUUGUGAUCGGUCCACUUAAACAUCUACGCGAGCUGAGAUUGGCCUGAAUUUCAGUCGAGUUUGUUUUACCGUUUCGACAAUAGAUUAACAAUCUCUCAAACAGUUUCACUCCGUUGGUUUCUCGCAGAUGUAGUAAUUCAUAACAGUGAACUAAUGUGUGGUGCACUGGAUAAAGCUGUUCUUGGUUCUGGAUCAAAAAACAGCAUUUUCUAUGUUCUUCUCAGAGACUUUGGAGGUCAGGUUAGUGAUAUACGACCUUGCUGGUCGCAAAACAGUCGUCUUUUUAAAGGUGUUUCGACAUUUUCGAUGUCUUCAUUAUUAUUGUUGUAAUUUUUUGGCAGGCAGCCGCAGAUGCUAUGUGGAGAGUUGCCAGGGUUUGUCCGUUUUUCCUGAGUAAGUAUGCUUAUCUCACUCUAUUUCUGGAAGCCUUGCUUACUGGUCCAGAGCAUAAAAAUCUCUACAGGGUAAAAAUGAAAACGUGUAUUUUCUGUCAUCCUGAACUAAUUUUUGCGAAUUUGACUGCUUUUUGUUAUGAGAACGCCGGAGUCUACCUCCUGAAGAAUACUGCAACUUUUAUAAAGAAUUCCAUUUGUCCUUAAGCCGGGGCGGGGGGAGCUUGCCAAAUGUAACACAAUAGCCCAUUUUGUGGUCACUGCUUUUCCUUCUUCGGGCCGGGUUGGGUGGGGAGUUGGUUUUUUUUGGGGGGGGGGGGGGGGGAAGAGGUGGUACUCUUAGGCUGUUGUUCUUGGACAGUAAGUUCAAGGUUAACUGCCCAUACAUACCUUUUUUGACUCGUGGUCUCAAGCUACUCCCCAACGAGCGUUCGUUUGGCGUAAAUCGUCCUCGAUCGUCGUAUAGAAGGCUUCUUGGAAGUCUUCCAAAUUUGACGCUUCUCUGUCUGAAUGCCUCAAAAAGGAUUGAUUCUCUUUUUUACAUAGGCUCUCUGUUGACCAUGGCUUUGUAUGAUUUUAUCUUGAAUGGUAACGUAGGGAUAGAGAAGAUAAAUCAUUUAUUUGUGUUUUCUUGUCAUUUAUUAGGUAAUCGAGGGUUCUCAAUUGGGAUUGGUGACGUCACUCCCGGUCAAGGUCUAUUGCGAGCGAAGGACCAACUUCUAAGCAAUGGGUAGGAAACUUGUCCACUUCUUCCUCUUCCAUAGGCUCGUUUUUUGCCGCUCUCUCGGUCCUUCCGGAGAGGAGUCUUUUCGGGCGGUAACGCGGGCUCAUUUCCCGAGCAGCGGCUGGUAAUCGAAGCUCCCUCUUCCAUACUGUAGUUUUUGAAAUGACACCAAGUAAAUUUCAGGCACUUUACCAACGUCAAUUCUUGUGAUUGAGACGAACGGCCUUUAUAUCUAUGUCUCUGGAUUUUGUUUUUUAACUGUUUCUUUUGACUUCGUGUUAAGGCAACACAUUUCCUCGGUUAAACGCGUUGUUGGUCCCAAAUAAAAGUUGGGUCUAAAACUGCAAAAGAGGAAGUUGUAAACAAGGCCCUCAGACUUAAAUAUUCAGUUGUGGUAUAAUAAACUUGAGGUAACAAGAUCUACGGUCCCCGAGUAGUUGGAAGGGAAAUCCCUGUGUUGAAGAAUAGCGAGCUGAAAUAAACUGUAGCCGGGUCUACAAGGUCAAAUUUGAAAUAAACUCUGAAACAUUUAACCCUAUAAACCCUAAGAUCAAAAUUUGAAUUCUCAUUUGUUGCCCCUAUUCAUUUCCUACAGAAGUAGUGGGGAGAAGUUGUUAAAAUGUUAAGCAAAAUCAUCUUGUGUGAUCAUGUCUGUAAGUUGAUAAAAUAUCAAGCAAAUUCAUCUGGUGUGAUCAUGAUCAUGUCCACAAUUCUUGUGACCACUCUGUUUUACAAAGCAUUGAUAUUACAAGGAGAAAUUUAAUGCUGAUCACCCUUGGGGCUUAAAGGGUUGAUUGAGAAAAUACUGUUUGUCUAAUUUCCUGUCCAUCUUUUCUGUUUUUGUUGUAGUUACUCCAAAUGCGAUAACUUCAUUCAAGACUUUAAAGAAGGCAAGCUACAAACGCAGCCGGGCUGCAGCGCUGAUGAUACGCUAGAGGUGAGUCCGCUCUGUUCCGCCUCCAUACGUUUCAUAAGGUUCUUUUGGCGUGUUUCGGUAUGGCGCAUUGGAUGAGGCGAUUCCAAGCGUGGACUCAACUUCUUUUUGUUCAAACAUGUUAUAUACUGUCUGCCUCAAGAGCUCCAAAAACUCAUCUAGGGAGCUCGCAUGUAAUACAUACUCAAUUUUAUCUCUCCACUCUCUGCCAUCUGUCCUCCAUGCAUGAAGAGUACAAAAAGUCCGCAAAGUUCAAGAAAAUUCCAAAAUUCGUUUUGUAAGAUACUGAAAGAAAAACGUAGCUGCUUGUAGAUGCGCUGCUAAAUGGCUUUAAUUUUAAUGGUCAAACCACAGGGUUUCUUGCAGCGACUCGAAAGUUAGAACUACAUACUAAACAGUACCAUGUGACCUACGGCUUUUCAGUUAGAACAAACUUGUAUAGCAUUAUAAAUAGCACCAUAGGAAAGUAUUACUCAGUAGCUUUCACUUGAGGUGAAUGGUCACACCAUAGGGUAUUCACAGACUCAAAACUAAGAACUACAUACAUCAUUACGGUACAGAAGUGAUUCUGGUGGCAGAACUGAUUUAUUUGCCAGUUGUUGUAAGGUGUGUGUAUUGUGUGUUUGUUGCAGGCGGUUAUCCUCAAGGAACUGUCUGUGAUCCGAGAUCACGCAGGAAAAGCUUGUCUGCGAGAAUUACACAAGUCUAAUAGUCCCUUGACUAUGGCAGUUUGUGGUUCAAAGGGUGAGUGACUCACGGGGGAGGGGUGGGGUAUUGCACUGUGUGUCAGGGCAGCGCAUGAGUGACUAAUGGGGUUGGGGGGGUGGGGGUGGGACGUGCCAAGUUGUGGUAUGCGCAGUAGCUUUCGUUUAAAUGAUCACACUUCCACGAUCUCAUUUACAGUCGUAAGGUUAGAGCCACCUGGCAAAAAGGGCCUAGAGAGCACCAUUGGAAAGUACUGCUCGGUAGCUUUAUAGCAUAAUAAGCAGUACUUAAGCAAAGUGCUAUAAAGACUUGAUCCACAGACUCGAAAUCUAGAAUCACCUUGAAAAUCGGCAUAGGGAGUACCACUGGAAAGUAGUGUUUGGUAGCUUUUAGUUAAACGGUCAGACUGACUGAAAGAUUUAAUCCACAGAUUCAAAAGUUGGAAACACUUCGUAAAGCAUAAUAUAUGAAGUGCCACAGGAAAUUACCACUCAACAGGUUUCACUUGAAUGGCAAACUCAAGGAAUUUAACGGGCUGAUUUUUUGUUGUUCUUCUCAACAGGUUCGUUUAUUAACAUCUCACAGAUGAUCGCAUGUGUUGGACAGCAGGCCAUUUCUGGCAAGAGAAUCCCCAAUGGAUUUGAAGACAGAGCCCUCCCUCAUUUCAAACGACAUUGUAAGGUUUAGGUUAUUGAUUAGAAAUAGAUGGAAAAUACGAAGCCGAAAAAAAAAAACUUGCUGCUAGACUUGGGUUGCGGGGAAAUCUUCCAUGUAAAGAUUCAAAAGCUGCAGAACCUCACUGACAAUUAUUUUUAAAAGGCACUAUCACGCCUCUCCUUAGAUCAACGGAGAUUUUCAUUUCAUUUAUCUGACUGGACAGUCUGCGGCGAAAGGAAAAAAUUCAUUAUCGACGUAGUAGUUAUGACAGAAUUAUGAUGAUAACUUUGAAAAAAGAAACACAUCAAAAUUUUGUGCGUCGCCUGUGCCACAGAUUGAAAAAACAUCAUUCCGAUGUAUUCACUGGUCGGUUAUUCGCAACACAAUUAUAUCAUUGCCCACAUUUUACCUAUGGAAGUUCCAGACCCAGCGGUAUGAAGGAUGUUAACUUGUCCACUCGUAACCAGGUUAUAGCUUCAAACCUAGUCAGAACUCUUUUUUGUUUCAAGUCGUCUGCUUCACUGACUGAAAACAGCAUCAUUCUCAGCCUUGUGUUCACUGCUUUAGCCCGUUUACAACUCUUUUAUUAUUUAUUUCGAUAUAAUUUCAUUUCACAGCUAAAUCUCCAGCAGCCAAAGGAUUUGUCAAGAACAGCUUUUACUCCGGUCUUACACCAACAGAAUUCUUCUUCCACACCAUGGCUGGGCGUGAAGGUAUCAUCAUUAUCGUUUAUGUUUUCCUACCUGUGGAAGGGUAAUAGGGUGCUUUCCAAUAUACCAGAACCACCCGGCUACCUGGAGUUGAUUUCUUGUGGACUGCACUCAAGUUUAGAAAGAGAAAGAAACAUUCGUCGUCGCCUGAUUACGUCCUCCAUAAAACGUGAAAUUAGGCAUUUUCACGUCGUAGUCGUUCAGCGACGGCAAAGAAACGUACAAAAAGCGUGACGCACGUGCAAAGUUGAUGGUUUGCUUUAUAACCCUGUUACUUUUUUGACGUUCUCGUUGCCGUCCCUGUCGUCAUUUCUAAAGCUCCCUACCAACCAGGGGUGAUUACGUCAGUGUCGUAGGUCAGUCGGUUUUGGUAAGCAUGAUGGUGGAUCCAGGGGAGGGGCCUGGGGUGCCCCCCCUCUUAUUUUUAGACCAAACUGAGGCCUGAAGGGUCAACUACACCCUUCUUAUCUAAGGGUCUGGAUGACCGCUCCCAACUCCAGAAUUUCUCAAAUCACUUUUACCUGUUCUUGUAGGUUUAGUGGAUACGGCUGUUAAGACUGCUGAAACCGGUUAUAUGCAAAGGAGAUUAGUAAAGGUGAGUUGUUUGUUCCCUUUAAAGAUGCUGUCGGGGUGGGGGGAGGGAUCUACAUGGGGCCUUUACUAGCCUGGCGCGAUGAUUCAUAGGGUAACUAUGACAAGGGGACAAAAAAGGGAGUUAACUGAAGCCGUUGUCUUCAACCCCUAGCUGGCUCUCGUAGGCUCUCUCAUUUGAAUGGUCACAUCAAAAGAUUUUGUCGACAGACUCGAAAGCUAGAGCGAGUACGGUUUUAGCAUAUUUUGACGUUGUGUUUUGUUCAGUCUUUAGAGGACCUUGCAACUCAAUAUGACUUGACUGUUCGCAACUCAGUUGGUCAUAUAGUACAGUUCAUGUACGGAGGAGAUGGCCUGGAUCCUACUGAUAUGGAAGGGAAGGACAAACCGCUGGACUUCAAUCGCGUCUUCAGUCACGUUCAGGUUGGUCUCGUAACUGCUCAGUGCUUUUGCUAAGGUCUGCUGUAAAAACAGCCAAACCUCCGUGGAUUACCUGAAUCCACCCAAAAUAACUCCCAACUAGCACUUGCUGAUUUUCUUUGAACUGAGCUUUCUAGUUGCACCAAUCUUCGCAAGAAGUUGAGCUUGAUUCUAGAUCUUGCAACAUCUGCUGCAACUGACGAAUUUGGCAAGAGACAAUUUUUUUGCAUUUUUUUUUACUGUAAAAUGGCGAGACAAGUUGCAAGAAAAGUCGCCCAGGUAUCGGUCUUUAACAUUUUUUCUGGCUUCUUUUGUAAGACAACAACGUCACGUGAUCAGAUUCAAGGUUUUUCUCUCUCUAGUAUGGAGCGUAAGCAACCAUCACCAUUACGGCAACGACACCGAGAACGGCGGAAGGCAAUUAGUGUAUGGGCAAAACAUCAGCUCCGCGAUCGAGUGCAUCUCUGUUAUUUAAUGAACAGAUUUACAGACACGUUUACAGCAAGCGGCCAGCUGCAAACGCAAGCGGUAAACGUAGUUUUGGACCGAAAUUUCCGGAAAUUUUGGUCGAAUGGAUCGCGCCCUCCGACUCAUCCCAAGUCUCUACCGGUUAAAACCGGUUUGGGUAGCUUACGUCACUCUCUCGCCUCAUGUCACGCCACACGCUUAACAGUCACGCUUUUUCGCUCCGACACACUGAAACCGCAUCUUUUUGUAACUGCUCUCCAGUGGUUUGGGCCCCGUCCAAACGAAUCCUGAUAACAAAUUAUGCUGUUUCAAAAAUGUCUGGUGUGAACAGGGCCUCACUGGACAUCGUAUUUGUUUAGGCGGGCAGGUUAACGUAACUUUACCCCCUGUUCCUCUUUCAGUGUUCGGUACCUAUGAAAGACGAAUCUCCUUUAUCUCCAGAAGAGAUUCGUAGUUUUGCCCUACAAGCUAUCGAUGGGUCAGAAUUCCAAGACUGCGGAACGGAGUUCAAGAAAGAUUUGAAGUAAGUUAUUGUGGUUGGUUUAAUGCACACUAGUAUUUAGUAGACGUAUAUCGUGGUACAUUGAAUAACUCUUGGGGUGCGAAAGUUCUUGUAACGUUUUAAAAACGCACGCAAGGAAAUGAAAGGAUCAAAUCGUCUAGGUUUCUGGGAAACUGCCCAUCCACCCCUCCCGUAAACCAACAUUUUGCCAUAAGUGAGAGGUAAGUGUUAAUGUUAGCUUAGGGGAGGGGUAGUUGGGCAAUUUCCCAGUGACCUAAGUUGACCCAAAACAAAAUUUCGCUACGUCCACACCACAUUGGACGAAUUUUCGACAGAUUCUGACCGGAAACUUCGUUCACACGGUACCGUGCAAUAGAGAGCUUUAGAUUCUAAGACGAGGACGACUACGAAAACGAGAUUUUCUCAAUGCUAAAUAGUGCACGCGCGCGAAUCAACGCCAUUUUGGCGGGAAAUGUGGUAGCCGUCGUCAGUCUACUACGAGUUUUAGCGAGAAUGUCGUGGUAGUGAAAGCAGGUUAUCAAAUUUUAGAAAUUUUAUCAUUUAGCAUAGCGAUCGGGAGAGGGCUUAACCUCUUUCAACGGUAAUAAGUGUGCUAACUUUGGUGGUGAAAAAAGUACAAUGAAGCUAUCCGGGGUGUCUAUUUUGGAGAAUAGGCGAGAAAACUCAAAAUUAAAUGUCGUCUUCGUAGUCGUCCCAUCCUCGAAUUUUAUCUAAAGCUCUCUAAUGUUUUCUCUCUGUUCACACGGAACUUUAAACGGCUGGGAGUUUAAAUUUUCUUAAUGAACUGGUCGAAAAUUCAUCUGGCCCCAGUUGUUCAAAGGGUGGAUAGCGCUAUCCACCGGAUAAAUCUCUAUCCAGUGGAUAAGUAUUAGGGAAACCAAUUGCACUAUCCAGUGGAUAGAGAUUUAUCCGUUGGAUAGCGCUAUCCAGCUUUUGAACAACUGGGGCCUGGUGCCUAACUUAGCCUUUUUGUCAGGUCUUUUGUGGAAGACAUUGCGGAGAAAGUUGAAAUGAAGCAUCGAAAGUUUAGCGUGGACAGGUACGUUAAAAAUCUUGGUGUGCUAAUAUUCCUAAUCUGCCACUGCAAGGUUUGUCUUGAGUAACAAGUGUCUUGAUCUUUGCAGGUCACGCAAACUUGGUGAACUCCCAAAAGGUAAGAGAUUUCUUUUUUCCUUUUGUGAAUUUUUCUGGCUGACGGUGAAGGUUCCCUCUAGGCUCCUUCCACGCGUACCCGGAUAUUUCUUACUGUAACGGAGAUUUUUCUUCUUUCUAGCUUUCCGUCCACUCGUAAACAAAGGUUUUGAGCACCAAAGACGUAGGUUUUUGAAAACGGUCCCCAGAGUGGGACUUUUUAAAAACUGAGGUUUUCAAUUACAAGGAUGUCAUACAUCAUUAAGCGCAUGCCCUGUAAGAAAUGCUAUCGUAUUGCCAUUGUUUUAGCGUUUUCGUUAAGUACAGGCGAAAGCGAAUCAAAUGCGCUAAGUGUGGACGCAUAUUUCUUCGAGAACGGAGAAAAAAUUUACGUUUUCAAAAACAUCCGCACACUUGUGCAUGAGGCCUAAGUAAGCGAUCAGACCGUCAACUCGUGUUAGUAGAUGCGGAAAGAAAGCUAUCUCAUCAAGACGUAUUUUAAUGGCGGUUAAGGUUAACGUUGACAAUACUUGUACGAAAAAAAACACCGUAAAUAUUGAGCUGUUUAUUUAUUUUUUUGUUAGUGUUGUCUUGGUUAGACCGCUGUACAAGAUCUCAACUGGUCGACUUUCUGAACCUGUGUAAAGAGAAAUAUUCCAGAGCCAAGAUUGAACCUGGAACUGCAGUGGGUGCCCUGUGCGCUCAGAGUAUUGGGGAGCCUGGCACGCAAAUGACGUUGAAAACGUUUCACUUCGCAGGAGUUGCUUCCAUGAGUAUCCUUGAAUAUUUUAUAUUACUAAUUUUAUCCUUGAAUUAAAUUAAAUUUUCUUUUGUUUUUGGUAUGGUAAUGUAUGAUAAGUUUGGAACAAAAGAAAAGAAAAUUUAAACCAACGAUAAAAUUGAACCACAACAUAUACAUCCAAUCACAUGGGUAUUUUAGGUUACCACCUGACAAAGAGGCGAAAAUGUUUGUUUCUUGUGCAUUUGCCGGUAAUACUUAUGUCAGGCCUACGUAAAUUAUUUUUAUUGCAUUCAGGAAGUUCACUCUGGCUGUCGAAUCUCCCGCCGUUUUUUUUAACAAGAUUCGGUUCUUUUCAGACACUAAUCAAAACGAGUGCAUUUCUUUGUUGUUAAUCAUUCUUAAUGGUAUCAGACAUUACUCUUGGUGUUCCUCGAAUCAAGGAAAUCAUAAAUGCCUCGCGGUCCAUCAGCACACCAAUCAUUUCGGCACAGCUCAUGAACGACAAGAAUCCUGAAGAUGCGCGAGCAGUCAAAGGGCGGAUCGAGAAGACCUUACUAGGGGAGGUUUGUAACAAACAAGUACCUAGAUUAUAAAAGAGUGUGUCAAACAAUUUUCAACGGUUUUGUGGCCGAUUGUAGGAAUAACCUUUUGGAUAUGUUUUUGAAGGUUUCAGAGUACAUCGAAGAGGUUUUCUUGCCGGACAGUUGUUUUAUUCUUGUCAAACUUGCGGUGGACAGAAUCAAGUUACUAAAGGUGAGGUUUUUAAUUGAGAUAGGUAAAUUAACGAGUAUAGUUUUCGUGAUCAGUGUAGAUGUUAUACGAGGACUCUGCCCGAUCUCUUGAAAGCGCGGAUGAAAAAGACAGCUGAGAUUGGUAAGAUUCCAUAUAAUCGCCUGGAACGUGUUGAUCGCCUCGAUUUUUGGGGACGAUUGCCGUAUACGAUCGAAACGAUAUAUGGAAACCUGGCCGCUUAAACUAGAGCUGAUAAUCACGGCAUACAGGUGCUAGGCUUCGAUUGGUUAGAGGAGUUUGAUUGUGUGAGUUUUAAAAGCUGAUGACAGGAGUACCUCGGGUGGUGCCAAAAUGCCCGACCUUCAAAAAGUGCUGGAAAAUAUUCAGAAACUACUUUUCUAGGCAGCUAAACAUAGACCUGUUUUCGCUAAGCAAAUAGCCGUUUUGUUUUUAAUUCCACAUUGUUAGCGAAUGCAGACGUAUUUCCACUUAUCGGGUGGAGAGAGAAGCGAUGACCGGAAAUACAUCUAAGUUCGCAGGCUACCUCUUAACUCAAUCAUUUUUAUUUUCAUUGGCAGCUCGAGGUUGAUGUCGACUCAAUACGAUUUUCUAUCUGUAAUGCGAAGAAACUUAAGUUAAAACCUCAGGUAAGAUAGUUAAUUGGGUGUGUGCAGUGUACCAACAAAUUCAGGUCAUUACUUUUUAGCUCCGCCUUCUCUUGGUCAAGCGUUUUUAGAAUGCGCUUGGUCAGGUUUGUUAAGAAGUCCUUUUAUCCAGGUUCUAUUGUGUUUCUACUACUAACUGAGAGCAUAACUAACUUAGCUUGCAAAGCAGGCGUAUUUUGCAGUUCGAGCAAUGAUACUAUUAUUGGGACUAAUGCUCUUCCACCAUCUUGGGCGUUGAAACUGAUAGACAGUUGGGGCGAGUUAAAAAAUUACUCCAGGGGAGAGGACGAAGAGUAGAAUAAAAGAGGGGAAGGGGAAGGCGAGAAAAAAUACCUCUCUUUUCUCCUUCCCGCCCCUCCCCCCUUAGUUUUUGUUUUUGUUUCGUUGCCUGGUAGCCGUGAGCAAUGUAAUAGCCUUCGUUAGAAAUGCCGUUACUAACUCAGUGAAGUUAGCUGCUCACUUACUCGUUUAGCUAUUGACUGCUUCAUAUUUGUCGUCUCCUUUUUAGCAAGUAACCGCCCUCAGUAACUCAGAGAUUUGUAUUUAUCCGAGUGAGAGCAGCAAAUCGUCUCUCCAUUACACGAUGCAGACACUUAAGACAGACUUGCCUGACGUCCUCAUCAAGGUAUUAAUGUUUGGAGCGUUUUGUUGUUUUUGUUGUUGUUUAUUAGGAAUGUCGAGUAUCACGGCGACAACAUCGUCUCCAAAAUCGUGCCCAGGGUCUCUUUUCUCCUUCCCCUGGAAGCUGGCAACGAAGUUGCAUAUCCUCUACACUGCUCUGCAAGAGAGAUGACGAUGCGCGCGCUUGGGUGUUCUUGCGACUGCUUGCGCGUAAUCUGAGCAUAGCCAAGAGAGAGAAUUACAAACGGUUUCACAUGGAAAAAGAGCGAAAAAUUUUAACUUGAACAGGGUUUUUGUUUUAUGUUUACAGGGGCACAAAAACGUAAACAGGGCGAUUAUCCAUGUGGAUGAAGCGAAAGGAGACACUUACAAGUUAUUGGUGGAAGGAGAUGAUUUGCUGUCUGUUAUGUCCACUGUGGGUAAGUGUCAUUAUUAUACGAUUACGAUUUAUCGCCUGGAUCGUACGUUUCUGAAAUCAAACCUAAACGUACAUCCUUGCUUAUGACGAACCUUCUUUAAAUAUUCAGAUUGAGCAUCCUGAACCAGAUGCGUUCUACGAAAUAGGAGAUUUUUGUAGUUGAUGUUUUGAUAUCCCUAGAUGGGAGAUUGAGAGUAGAAUAUGAAAUGGAGUAGCACCAGGGGACCGAAGGUGGAGAGCAGGGUAUAGCAGGGAUUAAGGGUAGCAUAGGGGUUGGGGAUUAGGGCUAGGGGCACCGGAAGUGGAAGAUCAGGGCAAUUGAGAGGAUAAUGGUAGCUUGGAACUAGGGGAAAGUAGGGAUUUAAUUAUGGGAUCAAGCAAAGGAAGCCAAGGGGAACAGGGGAUGUGAAGUAGGGGGUACAAAAUAAGGAGUUCUGAGGACCUGAGAAGCGGUUAUGUCUUUAUCCAACGUUUAGACUUGGACUGAGUCUCUUUGUAAUUCACAGUCCGCCUUUUCUUUCCAUUGAGUUGUUAAAAUUCUCACUUGUGUGUUUGUUGUUAGGUGUCAAGGGUACAGCGACUACCUCAAACAAUACAGCUGAAGUUGAAAAGGUUCUCGGAAUUGAGGCCGCCAGGUUUGCUGAAUUAAAUUUCUAAAAUAAUCCUGAAGUGAACUAGCAAUCUAUACAGCUGGAAAAGGAUUACUAUUUGUUGCUCUAUUGUUUUCUGGCAAACCUGGUAACCCUGUGAUGGACUGGGAAAGUAGUAAGGUCGUGGUGUAUAAACCGUUUUAUGCAAGGGGCGCGUUCCUGGCUGUUAACUGCUGCCAAAACACAUAGCUAAGCCGUGGUUUUGUUGGUAUCCUGAGAUCCAUGUCUAUACUCAACUCUCCCCUCUCCAAAAAGUAAACUAGCAAAUAAAUAAUCGGUGCGUCAAAGUGUGCAAAAUUUUUCUUUACACAGUUUUUAAUCUAAGAAUUGUUCAGUACUUUUUCACUCACGUGAUCAGUAGCUGCGUAAAUGUCUUGGAAUAAAAGAAAGUUUUUACAUGAGAGAAGAGUUCAAACGGAAUCUUCACAGGAUUUUUUUUGUGCGCCAACAUGACUGUCGUUUCAUCGUUUUGUACACCAACAUAGCCGCGGUGAUGUCAUCUGAAAACGAUCUACACAAGAAUUUCAGAAGUAAUAUUCGCCAUUUUCACAUAAACCAUAAUGCACCUUGUUGACUCCCCAAAGUUCUGCAUAACCAUUGGGUAUUACAGUGGUCCCAAGAGAAAUCGAAGACAAUAGUUAUGCACAAUUUUGAGGGUACACAAGGUACAUUGUGGUCCAGGUGAAAAUGGUGAGUAGACCAAUUUCGAUAUGUUAAAUUUCAUACAUGGCUGCGAGACUUGGGGGAAUAAAACAACAAAUCAUCUUGAGGCUGAGCAAUGAAUUCUACAUUUCUUUUGCUUUAUUCCCCAAGCCUCGGAGCCAGGUGUGAAUUUUUAUAUUUCGAAAUUGGUUUAUGGCUUACUGCGUGUGUUAACAACCGAAGGUGUCAUGUGUUCCCUGUUGCCAGGUCAACCAUCAUGAAUGAAAUCAACGUGACAAUGAAGAGCCAUGGCAUGAGCAUUGAUGCACGUCACGUGAUGUUAUUGGCUGAUCUGAUGACAUAUAAGGUAACGUCAAUCCACAUUCUUUAUCUGUUUAUACAUAGUGUGGAGCAUGUUGGUCUUUAUCUAUCGGGACCUCCUUUAUUACAAACGCUCCAUGUUUACCUCUUUUGAAGGGGGGUGGGGGGGGGGUCCAAAUGGAACACCUUUCCGUUUGGAAGGCUUUCGCCUUGUCGGACAAUUCCGUGAAAUGUUGGACUACUUCGUCCCUUGAUCAGAGUCGGUUUCAGCGUCCAUGGAAUAUCUCGGUCUCGAAGAGAAUUUUCCUAUCCCAAGCGAGGCAGUGUGGCCGAGUGGUAAGAGCGUUGGACUCGCAAUCUGGCGGUC